CUUCGCAAUCAGUUCUUGCCGAGUUGGCAGCACUGUCUGCCUUUUGUAAAAAAAACAUUGCGUUUUGAUUUAAACAAAUUAAAUUCGUUUUAAAUCAAGAAUGUUGUGCACACGCGCAGCAGCUAUUCUGCAUACCGGCUUAACCACAGUAGCACGGGUGGGACAACACACAUAUAAACAUCAUAGGGUGACGGCAGCUGUGGCAGCGAGAAUUAACGAGCAAUGCAGACUCUGCUCGACAGGAUCAAUUGUGGACAGUGGGGGAAAGACAGCAAAACAAACAGCCGAGGAUGGCAGCAUAUUAAAGCGGGUUCUCACCAAAGUCGGAUUUGCGCCCAACACAAAAGCUCGCCUUAAGGUAACCAGCCAUCUGUUGUACGAGAGUGUUGCGGAUAAGAUCAACUAUGUUGCCUUCUUUAGGGAUUUCAAUCUGCCGAAUACUUUCAACUCCUGGUUUCUGGUAACUGAACUGCAUGUUUGGCUCCUGUUGAUGCGCUCCAUGGCCGAAGGCUCUGAAACCGGCGAGGAUGGACGCUUCUUGCGCAAUUGCAUAGUGGAGGCCAUGUGGGGAGAUGUAAAUACCCGGGCCAAGAAGUUGGGAGCCAAUAAUCCUUCGCGUACGAGGCAGCAAAUAGAGACACUCUCGGAGCAAUUUCAAGCGGCACUCAUUGCCUACGACGAGGGAAUCAUGUCCGAUGAUCGGGUCUUGGCCUGUGCUCUGUGGAGACGCUUCUUUGAGAAGGAGUGCGAUGAUUAUAGCCAAAUCGAGCGAUUGGUCAAGUAUGUGAGGAAGCAGACGGUCAUGCUGGAUAACUUGAGCCGGGAAGAGUUCAUCACGAAGCCAAAGAUUGCUUGGCAUGAUCUGGACAAGUGCAAAGUCUAUGCAUAGAAAAUGUUCUUUUAAGUUUGUUUAUUAAAGUCAAAUUAUAUACAA